GGGAGCAAACGGAGACAGAAUCACCUUUGAAUCCAUGUUGGUGUCUCUACCAAGGAAAUGGAGGAGGGGACAUUGAACGCCGAAGCCUGCAACAUGCAGCAGAAAUUCCCAGAUUGACACGGAUAAACAAAACAGCCUGAAAUGAACCUGCCCUGCUGGUGCCUGGAGUGACAAUUUAACCUUGGUGAGGUAGCAACAGUUUCCCCCAGAGCGCAGAAAACCACGUAAGCCUCCGAUGGGUCUGAUUAAGAGCACAAGUUAAUCACCCUGUUUAGCUCAUCCCUCCGGUACUGAUACUACGGCUGAGACUGCAGUGACCGCCUCAGAAAGGAUGUCUGGGGAUUGACAUGGACAGGUGGUGACAGUGGUAGAGGAUGAUUAUUCUCUGGCAGUGUUUCUCAAUCUGGUCCUCGGGAACCCACAUGCAGUGCAUGUUUUUGCUCCCUUCCAUACCUCCCAGUAUGUGGACUGUCUGCUAGGGAGCUUUGAGGGAGCAAAAAGGUGGACCGGCUUUGGGUCCCCGAGUACUGCAUUGGGAACUUUUUCUGCACUUUAUUGUGAGCCUCUGCUUAGCCGUGAUCAGGCAGCAUCAUGUAGAUCACCCUAGCAGCGCUGAUGUAAGCAAUCUCCAGGUUGUUCAAACAUCCCCUUGGGAUCCGCCCCAGGGAUGGGGGCGGGGGCUGAUCUUUGGACAAAUGCUGUUAUAAAAACUCGAGAGGGACUGAGGGCCCGCCACACGUCGGCGCUGAGCUCCCACGUCACCCCCUCUUCGUGUCAGACAACUCUGCAGUCUAGCGACCAUGGCCUUCACAGGAACGUGGCAGGUGUAUGCCCAGGAAAACUAUGAGGAGUUUCUCCGGGCCAUCUCGCUACCUGAGGAUAUGAUCAAGAUGGCCAAAGACGUCAAGCCCGUGACAGACAUCCAGCAGAACGGCAAUGACUUCGUGGUCACGUCCAAGACCCCUCGCCAGUCUGUAACCAACUCCUUCACCAUCGGCAAGGAGACUGAGAUAACCACCCUGGAUGGCAAGAAGCUCAAGUGCACAGUCAGAUUGGAGAGAGGCAAACUCAUAUGUGAGACGGACAAAUUCUCCCACGUCCAGGAAAUCAAGGGGGAUGAGAUGGUGGAGACUAUCACCAAAGACUCCGCAACUCUGAUCCGGAGAAGCAAGAGGGUCUGAUGUGGUCCGCAGCGCUGCUGGGCGGGACAUCCGCUCGCUCGGGGAAUGUCAUUGGCUAUUUAAAUAAACCCUGUCAUUGGACAGAAAUGAAGUGGAAAA